CCAGAUCCUGGCGGGUGGACAGGCGGCGCGGUCUCCAGCAUGAACCCCUACCCCAGACCGACCUGCGGGCCGGCGGCCCUGAUCCUGCUCCUGACCCCUGCUCUUCUCUGGACCAUCUGUGCCGCAGGAGCGUCCAGGAACUCCUCCACCGCUCCCACCCACAUCCACCUCGACGGGAACCCGGCCCAGUGUCCCGGAGCUGAUUUCUGCAUCAAGGUGUCACGCUGCUGCCAACUGGGCAUGGACGAACAGGGCUGGGUAGCAGCCGCCGUGGGCUGGAGCCUCUGGUUCAUCACACUCAUCCUGCUCUGUAUCGACAAGCUCAUGAAACUGCCCGCGGAUGAGCCCAAGGACCUGCUGGCCUGAGGGCGGGGACCCUCGAGCCGGUGCCACCCCCCUCGCCCCCAGCUCCCGAUGGAGGCCCGGGCUGGCGACCGGUGCCAACUCCUUCUGGGGACCGACAUCGUUGAAAAGAAGCAGCCGUGAGAAGCGGCGUGGCUCAGUGGGAAGAGCCCGGGCUUCGGAGUCACAGGUCAUGGGUUCGAAUCCCGGC